GCACCAGGGCAAAGGAAAGGCAUCGCUCUAGGACGAUUUCCGGUCACAUGACAAGAGCUCUCCUGUGCGCAUGCACUCUGUGUUGGCUGAGCAGUGCUUAUCCUGGUAACGGGGAGCGCUCGCCAUGGGCAGGAGGUAUCUCUGUGAUUACUGUGACCGCAGUUUCCAGGAUAACCUGCACAACCGCAAGAAACACCUGAAUGGCGUCCAGCACCAGCGCUGCAAGAAGGCUUGGUAUGACCUGUACAGAGAUGCGUCCGAGAUCUUGGCAGAAGAACAGACAAAGAAGUUGUGCAGGCGAUUUAUCCAGUCUGGUCAGUGUGACUUUGGCCCUGGGUGUCGCUUUUCGCAUAUGUCUGUUCAGGAAUUGGAUGCUCUGAAAGCUCAUGUGGAAGCGGAAAAGAAGAUGAAAGAGGAGCAGAGUAGACAAGCUCCCCCAUGCACAAUAGAGAGCUGGCUAGAAGAGAGGGCCAAGAGAAAGAUUAGACACAGUGAAAAUGCUGUUAUGUCUGAACCUCCCAGCUAUCAUCUACCUCCUGGCUGGCCUCCACUUUGUGAGCUGCCGCCAUCGCUUCACCCCCCUACAUCAUCCGAAUGGGAUGAGCAGCAGGACCUGGAGUGGGGCUGAAACUGAUCACUCAGCUAUGUGAGAAGAGUUGAUAGAAGAAGCUUGAUGUUGAUGUUGCACAUAGACUGUAAAUAAAGUUAUUUUUAUAGAUAAA